ACAUGGCAUCUCCACGCUGCUCACCUUGAGGCUUGAGCUGCUGCUCACUUGGAGAGUUGAAAAUCUGGAGCAAGAGCAAGUAGUGAGCAACCAACCACCAUCUUUCUCUCCGUCUCCCUCUCCGCUUGCCCAGUCCGGCCUCGCUCGCAAUUCGGUCAACUGCCCAUGGCCUCCAGCACCGUACCACCGCAGCGCGUCGCCUUGCUGGCGCUCGCCGUCCUCUACCUCUCCCUCCCCGCCUCGUCCCAUCCGCUCCCGCGGGAAGCAGCUACGGCGGCGGCAGGCGAGGCGUCCGAGCCCGACGAUGCCGCCGCCGCCGUGGCGCGGCGCGCGUGCACGUACACGGUGCAGAUCAAGACGAGCUGCUCGUCCCCGCGGAGCUCCGCGGACGCGGUGAGCCUCGCGUUCGGUGACGCGUACCGCAACGAGGUAUACGCGGCGCGGCUGACGCCGCGGUACGGCUUCGAGCGCUGCGCCACGGACACGUUCCGGGUGUCCGGCCCCUGCGGCUACGGCGUCUGCUACCUCUACCUCCGCCGGUCGGGCCGCGCCGGGUGGACGCCCGAGUGGGUCAGGGUGUACGAGCCCGCGACGUCGGCCACGCCCUCCACCUUCUACUACGGCGACCCGCUCCCCGACGGCGUCUGGUACGGCUUCGACCGCUGCGUCGCCGCCGGCGCCGGAGCCGGAGCGGGCACCUCGUCCGAGCCUGGUGCCGCGGCGCAGGCGCUGUGACGGACGGACGCCGCCGGCCGGGUUCACGGGUUUAUUUGCCCUCUCCAUGCGGUGGCGGUGGGCGCGGGAGCACAGCGGCGCCACUCGUGGCGGUGUGAAUUGUGAUGGCGAUGAUUGCUGGGGCACCACGGCGCGUUUGUUUGUGAUAAUUAUUCAUUUGCGUCGUUGCUACUAGUAGUUUCCUUUUUUUCGUUUAUUUGUUAUUGUUAUACAAAAAAAAGUACCGAACUCCU